CCCGGGCCCGGGGCGCGGCCCGAGGUGGAGGCCCUGGACGCCGGCCUGGAAGACCUGCUGGCCCGCGUGGACGAGUUCGUGGGCAUGCUGGAGAUGAUUCGCGGCGACUCGGCGCACGUGGUCGGCGAGGGCGUGCCCCGGAUCCGCGCCAAAGCCGCGGAGAUGCGGCGCAUCUACGGCCGCAUCGACAAGCUCGAGGCCUUCGUGCGCAUGGUCGGCGGCAGCGUGGCCAGGAUGGAGGAGCAGGUCGCCAGGGCCGAGGCCGAGCGGGGGCCCCUGCCCAGGGCGUUCCGGAGGCUGCUGCACACCAUCAGCGUGCCCUCCUUGUUCCACAGGCCGGCCGCCUCGCGGACGCCGCCCGCCGGCUACGAGCCGCCCGUCCUGUUUCGGACCGAAGACCACUUCCCUUGCUGCGGUGACGGGCCGCAGCCCUGAGCGACCGGGCUGCCCCGGGAGGGCCCCAGGGGAGCCUCUUAGCUCGAGUGUUAAGUAAGAGUCCUCUGGACGAGCCGGGCGUGGUGGCGCACGCCCGUAAUCCCAGCACUCGGGAGGCUGAGGCAGGAGGAUCGUUGCGAGUUCGAGAU